AUGUGGUUUAAGAAUGACUCGCAGAGAAAAAUGGAGAGCAGAUAUAAUUCGGGAACAGUCCUUGCUCACCCGCCUCCCGGCGAAGAGGUGGUCAUCACCGGGAUUUCCGGAUGCUUUCCGGAGUCGCGCAACGUGCACGAGCUCGCCGAGAAUCUCUACAAUAAACUCGAUAUGGUAACCGAGGAUGCUCGACGCGGGACGAACCCCAAACGUCUUGGAAAAAUUCCCACCAUUAACAAAUUUGAUGCCGGCUACUUCGGGGUGUGUCACGAGGAGGCCGAGCAAAUGGAUCCGAAACUGAGGAUGAUGCUCGAGAAGACGUUCGAGGCCAUCGUCGACUCGGGCUACGCCGCUCGCGAGUUGGCGAACGCGAGGGUGGGGGUUUUCGUGCCGAACGCCGAGUCGGACGCCGAGGAUGGGGCGCUUUUGAUGCCCACGAGGCGGCCGAACUUUGCCAUGAGCGGGUGCUGCAGUUCGAUUCUCGCCCAACGCGUCAGUCAUUAUUUUCGAUUUGUCGGGCCCUCGUAUGCUUUGGACUCGGCUUGCUGUAGCACGCUGCAUGCGUUGGAGCACGCGUAUCGUGCCCUGAGGGAGGACAAGUGCGAGCAUGCCAUUGUUGCGGGUGGGCAACUGUGCCUAAAUGACGUAACGACUCUUAAUUUUAAGAGGAUGGAAGUACUCAGCCCGGAUGGUGCGUGCAAAGUUUUCGACGAAAGAGCUAACGGGUACGUACGCUCCGAGACCAUUGCGGCGAUCCACUUGCAGAAAACCCGAAAUGCGCGGCGAGUUUAUGCGCAGGUGCUUCACGUUAAAUCAAAUUUCGACGGUUACAAGGAGACGGGAAUCAGCGCUCCUUCGAUGGAAGGGCAAAUGGAGCUCUACGGGGAUGUCUAUGGAGAUUGUAUGAUUAGUCCUUCUUCCGUUGACUUUCUGGAGGCACACGGCACGGGAACGCGGGUUGGAGACGUGCUGGAGGCUUUAGGUGUAGAUGCAACGUUCUGCAAGGGGCGCAAGGAACCGUUGCCGGUUGGGUCUGUUAAGUCACUCGUUGGCCACGCGGAAUCGGCUAGCUUCUUCUCUUCGCUUGUUAAAGUUCUCAUCUCAAUGGAAAACGAACAGAUUUUGCCCAACAUUCAUUUCGCAACUCCGAGAAGAGGCAUUGAAGGGCUGGAGAACGGGAGGAUGGUAGUUCCAGUUGAGGUGAUACCAUGGCCUGACAACGGUUCCGGACUGGUGGCAAUGAAUAAUAUCGGCUUCGGAGGCACAAACGCGCAUAUAGUUCUUAGGCGAUUCAACAAGCGUAAAUCAGAGGGGGAUAGCUUACCUCGCCUUGUGUGCGUGAGCGGUCGUACGAAGCAGACCGUUCGAGACGUUCUCCACGACAUUGGGAGUCGUAAGCUUGACGCCGAGUUUUGCGGAUUAGUCCAGCGCGCGCUUAGGGAUGACCAUCCCCACCGAGGGUUCAUUAUUCACUCGAAACUGGGCGAAGUCGAGCGCGCGACCGGGGUGCGCCGGAGACGCGCGUACUGCUUACUGUUUUCGGAUGCAUCCGAUGAGGUCGUGGAGAUCGGGCGGAAAUUAUGCGAAAUUAAGUUAUUUGCGAACGGCGUUAAGAGAACAGACACGUCGCUGGAAACGCUCGUUACAGGAGGUAACGCAAAAGACCUGGCGCCUGUAAGCGUAGCGGUUCAGCACUCGUUUGUUGAUAUGCUGAAAGCAGUCAAUCUUCCAGUCAGUUUUUCAAAUGGACACAAAAUCAGUCUUCCCCAAGAUCUCAUAGUAAUAUCUCUGGGUUCAAAAGGAAUGGCACAAAAUGGGUUUUCCCAAGUAAACAUCUCAGUCGAUGACCCAGUUGUCUGCCUCUUGAAGUUAUUGGGAGGUGCUUACCUGAUGGGGUAUUCUGUCCGUCCUGAUCGUCUGUACCCACCCGUCACUUGGCCAGUCAGUAGAGGCACGCCGAUGAUUUCGCACUUAAUCAAAUGGAAUCACGAUACUGAUUGGUUCACACUUUUGCAAAACCGGCGGGCGACCGGGCACGAAGUGACCAUCGUCGUCAAAGAUAAGGCGUGGUCUCGUUUAUCCGACCACGUCAUUGAUGGCUUGCUUGUGAACCCAGCAGCGGGUUACCUCUACACGAUAUGGGAGCAAUUCUCCAAAAUGGCGAACGUUCCAUUUGCGAGCACUUGCGUCUUCUUUGAGAACGUUAAAUUUCUCAAUGAUGCCCUCAUGUUCCCUGCACCAAGCGAAUUCCACCUCACAAUUUCAAAAAUAACCCACAAAUUUGAGCUACAUGACUCGAGGGGUCUUCGUGUUACGGGAAGCAUCCGCACGGUGACCAACGGGCCGGAAAUAUUUCUCCGCCAUUUCGAUGUAGAGAAAGAGCAUUUGUCUUCCGACGACAUUUAUAAAGAGCUGCGUGUACGUGGCUAUAACUACUCUGGGUCUUUUUGUGAACUGGAAAAGUCAAGUCUCUCAGGCGAGGUUACUCAAAUCAAAUGGCAAUCAAACUGGGUAACCCUAAUUGAUGGAUUACUGCAAGUGAGACUUCUUCACGAAGACACCCGAGAGCUUCGCCUACCAGCUGUAAUCGAUUACCUCACAAUAAACCCGCCAAAGUUUGAUAAUCGUCCUCCAGGCGCAAACCACCUGGUUCGCCUAUCUCGCACAGCUGGCGUUGUUAGUUCCGAAUCUGUCGAGAUCCGUGGAGUUUCCACCGUGUCGCUUCCACGGCGAAACGCCCCGGACCCGGUCACGGAGAUCUACACGUUUGUGCCUCUCCAAACGGAGCUUCCGACGGACGUGGCGGUGCGGGUUUUUGUUCAAAUAUUCCUGGAGAACGCCCGCACAUUCGGUGUGAAGGUCGUCGAGGUUGGCGAAGGAAACCUGGCGCCCGCCUUCGAGCGGGCGCUCGACGACCACUUGUUCGUCACGAGCUCAAUUUCUCAAUCUGGAAACCUUGCGAGUCAUAGCCGCUGCGGAAUUGUCGUGUUAGACGAAGCGUCGACUAAUCCCGUCAUUCUACGCGAUGCUUUGGAUGCGCUCAGGAACGAUGGCGUGGUCGUCACCAGGGAGAAGGCGAGUUUCCGCACGCGAAGUCUACCAGGAGUCGCCAUCGUGUCGGUGAUUAAAACUGGAUCGGACACGCUGGUAUUGUUGAAGAAACACGACCAUCGGCCCACCCCAAAGGUUAUCGGAGUAAAUAAUAAGUUGGAGUGGCUCACCGAAGUCCAGGAGGUGGUGAAAAACGGCGAAGAGGCGCUACUCCUAGCCCAAAACGAACCACUGAGCGGGAUCUUGGGUUUGAUCAACUGCUUAAGACGCGAGCCCGGUGGUGCUCAACUGAGGUGCGUCUUCAUCAUGGACCAAGGGACGCAAUUGCGCUCUGGCUUCGAUGACCAACUACAGUUAGGGCUCUCAAUUAACGUACUCAAGAAUGGCGUUUGGGGCACGUACCGUCAUCUACUGUUCGAACAGGGAGGAACAGUAGUUCGGCAGCACAUACUGGGCGAGCUCUCGAAAGACCGAACCUCUUUUCAAUGGGUCGAGGGGCCGUUAACCGCCCAAGAUCCCGUUGAGCCCGGUACAGUAGCGGUCCAGGUACACUGCGCGGCGGUUAACUUUACCCCCCGGGGCUCCUCAACAAGGGACAGGCUUUCUGAUUUGGGUAACGAGUUUUCCGGAAGAGAUCCGAAAGGGCGGAGAGUAAUGGGAAUAGUGCCAAACGGUGCACUGUCUACUUUGGUAUCAGCCGAUUCUCUCUUACUAUGGGAGUUACCAGACGCGUGGAGUUUUGAAGAGGGCGCGUCGGUGCCACUGGCCUACGCUAUGGCUUUAUACGGAGUUGUCCACCUAGCCAAGGCAUCGCGCGGGGAGCGUAUCUUAAUCCAUUCGGGUGCGAGUCAAAUCGGACAUGCCGCGAUCCACCUGGCUCGCCAUUACAAGUGCGACAUCUUCACUACAGCUGACAGCAAGAGGGAGCGGCAACUAAUCAAGGCAACCUUUCCGGAAAUUCCAGACAGCCACAUCGGCGGCUCGCGAGACGGUUCAUUUGAAACCGUGGUUUUAAGGCACACAUUGGGGAGGGGGGUGGAUAUCAUCAUCGACGCGUUUCCCGAUCACAACACUUCACCACGUUGCCUCACGCGCAAAGGGCGCCUCAUUAAACUCGGGAAACGAGACUUUCCCGACGGUGGUGGACUCUUCCCCUGCCAAGGUCAAACGUUUGGCGCGUUUUCGAACUUUAACGGAAUGAAGGCGGUGUUGCACACUCUCGUCAGUAACGCCUUAGUCAAGGGGAUGAUUAAACCCUACAGUCCACCAGAUGAGAACCAAGCUGUGAUUAAAAUGGGAGAGAAACCAAUAGCAGGGUUUCCGAGGUUUUGGUGCGACUCUCAGAUGACGUACGUCAUCGUUGGAGGUUUAGGGGGUUUCGGUCUCGAGCUGGUCGACUGGUUGGCUUUGAAGGGAGGUCGCAAGUUCGUGCUGGUCUCGCGAACGGGCGCGGUGAAGGGAUACGCGGCAUUUCGCAUCAAGCUGUGGAGGAGCUACGGGGCAGUCGUCCGCGUGGCAACGGAUAAAGCAACCUGCCGAGAGGGCUGUGAGAGUCUGCUACGGAACGCGGCGACUCUCGGACCCAUCGCCGACCAAACAGAGGGGCGUUUCCUGACGGCCUUCUCCGUGAAGGCUCGCAUUACUCACAAUCUGGACGUACUCAGUCGGGAAUUGUGUCCCAGUUUACGACACUUCGUGGUGUUCUCCUCGCUAGUAUGCGGUAGAGGGAACAUGGGUCAAGCUCCCUACGGAAUGGCCAACUCGAUCGCAGAACGGAUCUGUGAGGCCAGAAAGAGGGACGGGUUGCCAGGUUUGGCCAUACAGUGGGGGCCAAUCGGCGAGGUAGGAACAGAGGUCGGAAAACAGGAUAGAGGCGAGCAGGUUUUGGGGGCUUUACAACAGGGCGUCACGUCUUGUCUCAGUUGCCUGGACCAAUUUUUAGUGCAGUCAGCGCCCAUUGUUUCCAGCACGAUCAUCUCCACAAAGUGCAAGGGAAUGGUUGAGCCUGUAAAUAUAGUCACCGCGAUCAGAGAUAUCCUAGGUAUAACCAGCUUGAAAACAAUUAACGAACACGCAAAUAUGGCGGAAUUGGGAAUGGAUUCAAUUAGCCUUGUUCAAGUUAAGCAAGUAUUGGAGAGAGAGAUGGAACUAUAUUUAACAGCUCAAGAGGUUCGCGAAUUCACUUUUGCUCAACUAAAAAGUUUGGUACCCGAAAAUGGCACGCCAAUUCAAAAUUUGUGCUCCGAAGAUACAACGACAAGAAAGGAGAGGAGGGUGACGGUCUAGAGGAGUAGUAGACGGCAAUCAAACUCACCAAACUCUUCCAGAGCCAGGUCUCUCAGCUCCAUCUGUUAUGCAAUCCUACUGAAAUAGCUUAGAGCCCUAACAAUAAUUUUAGGCAGACGACCAGCGUAACUGUUAUUGUUGGCCCACAGACCCCCCGGUGGCAUACUCUGCAUCAAAAGAAUCUUUCUUUUCCCGAGUAUAUUCCAUACCCCCCAGUGCCAUAUCCCGCAAAUCCGCCUGUUCUGCGAUCCUGCUGAAAUACACAAACGCACUUCAUUCAUCCAGGAGACGCAUCCCACCCCGAUUUCUUACAAUGAGAAUCAAAAUCCACCCAACCCAGAACAUGUAAUCUUAAAAAAUUCCCCAUCCAGAAAAGUACAAAAGUACAGCGAACCUACCCCAAAAAUAAAAUAGGUAAUAAAGAGCUCUGAUCUUCGA